AUGGACAGUUCAGGAUAUACCUGUGAACUUUUGAAAGGAAGAGUGACCAAAAUAGAAAAUGAUGGCUGGAUUGAAUUUAGAAUAGCAAAUGUGCAAUUUGUAGAUGGAGGCUUUUACAGGUGUGUCGUGCUGGGAGCCCCAAAUCACAUCUACAGGGACUAUUAUGUAGAAGUGUCUGAAGUUUCAGAUCACUUCAGCCAUUCACAGCCUCCAAUCACAGGGACCACCAAAGCCCCCGGCACAUCCACAGCACUCCCAGAGUCCACUAGACCUGCUUUAGCAGAGGACCACGGUGACAGCAACAGAGUCUCCUGGAGUUUUAGUUUGCCACUGGCUGUCAUUGUGGCAAUUACAGUGAUGAUGUUCAUCAGUUCAGUGAUUGGUGUUGUUUGCUGCAGAGUCAGGACAAAAUCCAAACUGCUAGACAAAUAUGGACAAACUCACUGUGACUCACUGAACCAAGAAGCUUCGGAAACGAGCGGCAUAGUCUACACAAUGGUGGACUUCAGGGCUCUGCAGAAGCCCGAAGAAGUGUAUGCAAAUGUGAGGAUGCACAACGCACCAACAGGAGCUGCCGAGGAAGAGCAUGCUGGGAUGGUGGAAUACUCCAUACUGGCAAUCCAACCGUGAAUUUGAGUUACAGAUUUUAAU